AUGAAAAGACAAAGAUGUGGUACCCUCUACAUCCUAUUAGGGACCACUAUUGUUGUAGCAUCUAUCUCAAUGAUAGAAGAAGAUGUCACCAAAUUGUGGCAUAUAAAGUUGGGACAUAUAUGUAAGAAAGGAAUUAAUCUAUUAAGCAAGAGAGGCUUACUUUGUGGGAAAAGUACCAGUAAAGUUGAAUUUUGUGAGCAUUGUAUUUUAGGUAAGCAUAAAAGUGUUAGCUUCCAAAUGACAACUCACAAGACCAAAAGUACUAUUGAUUAUAUCCACUUAGAUCUUUGGGGUCUUUCUCGCAUCCCUUCAAAAGGUGCUGCUCAUUAUUUUCUAUCAUUUAUUGAUAUUUUUUCUUGA